AUGACUGAAAGUGAAAUCAACAAUUUGAAUACUCAUAACUUCUUCAACCUAAAUAUCAAAAAAAUUAUCGGUACAUCUGCCAAGAAUUCACAACAAUUCACCAUUCAAGAUGAUUUAAUAGCUUAUACUGCAAGUGGAGGUGUGGUUGUUUCUACAAUAAAUACUCAAAAUAAUGAAGUGUUAAAUCAAAGAUUUUUCUGUGCCAAUAUAAGUUCAAACUGUGAUCAUAAUCAUGAUACUUGCAAUAGUAUAAAUAAUAAUUCGAUAUCUUCUGCUAAUGCGUAUCUUAAUAUGUUACGAACUGAAAAUAUGGAGGAAAUAAAAAGAGAUUUAUAUGGAUAUCCUAUCAAUUCAGAGCCAAUUGCAAUUUAUGGCACACCUUCAGAUUCAAUAGAUGAUAGUUAUUGCAAUGGAAACUCAACAUCACCUUCAAAAAUGAAAGAUAAAGUUAGGUCUAUUAAUUGUAUGGCAAUUUCACCUAAUAAGAAAUUAUUAGCCAUUGGAGAAAUUGGGUAUCAGCCUAGAAUAUUGAUAUUUUCAUUAGCUGAUAAUUCAAGUGAUAAUCCAAUUUGGGCAAUAUAUGAACAUUCUUUUGGAAUACAUUCAUUGGCUUUUUCCCCUGAUCUGAGACAUUUAUGUUCCUUGGGGUUGAUAAAUGAUGGGUUUAUUAAUAUCUGGAGAAUGAGUACCGGGCUUCCUAAUGGAGUAUCAUCAACGACAACAAUUCCUACUACUACAAAUUUCAAUUCUGGCAAUUCUGUAAGUUUGGCCGCUAGUAAUAGGUGUUCAAGUAUGGUUCAUAAACUAGUAUGGCAUGAGAAUUUAAUAAUAACCUUGGGGUUGAGAUUUAUCAAGCUUUGGAAAUUUGAAGACGAUGUGACGAACUCUAAAAAACCUCAGGUGCUCAAAGGAAAGAAUGCCAUUUUGGGAAAUUUAAUAUCAGGAAAUUUCAUAGAUGCUAGUAUUUUGAAUGAUGAUGAGUUGUUGGUAAUUACAAAUUCAAACCAACUUUUGUUAUUGAAAUUAAGUUUCGAUACUCCAAAACUUGUUACGUUGAAGACCCCAGAAUUUGAAUUCUCGUCAAUUGUUGUUGAUUAUUAUAGUGAGAAAGUUUGGUUUGGCUCUGACAAUUAUAGAAUUGAAUCAUGGCCGUUUGCGGAGUUGGUUCCAGGGAGUGUUACUUCACCUGUGCUUGUACCAUCUUCGUCAUCUGCAAAAUUAAUAAAUGGGUUCACCAGUGCAUCUUCUUUAGAUGGAUUAGUAUCGAGACCAAUUUUGAGGAUAUUCAAUUUUUCAGAAACUCAACUUAUUUUCUUGAACGAUUGUGAAGAGAUUAAGUUCAUGAAUAAAGAAUCCCAAGAUUGUAAAGUCAUAGCUACUUCGUUGUUGAAAAAUCUUUCUGGACUCAAGUAUACACAUCUGGACGAAUUCCUUGCUUUUUCCAAAAACGGGUGUAUUAAAAAACUUGUGGAUACAAGUGAAUUGAAGGAUUUAGUUGAGUUUCCUGUCAUUAGUAACGAUUCUUUUACCAAUGCCACUACAGCAGUAGAGAAAAAUGGUGAUACAUUAAUUCUUGGGGACAAAUAUGGUACUUUAUCAAUUUUAAAAUUAACAUCUAACCCGGGAGAGUAUGAAGUAUUGUAUCAAACAAAAGCUCAUUCAUCCACUAUUAAUGAGAUUAUUUAUUUUGAAUAUGAGAAAUUUCAAGUUAUAUGUAGUAUUUCUCGUGAUAGAAUGAUUCAGGUGUUUACAAUGGUUGAAAAUACUUGGGAUUUAUUACAAACAUUACCUAUUCAUAAUGGCAAUUUACUACAAAUUGCGCAAUUCCAAAACCAAAUUUAUGUGUGUUCCCUGGACAGAACAAUUUCAAUUCAUAAAUUGACUAUUGAAGAUGAAGAUAAAAAACUAAGGAUUUAUCAGGAAAAGAUAAUCACAUUGAAAAGCACACCGCUGUGCAUGAAAAUAUUUGAUAAAGAUCUUGUUGUUUCAACCAAUGAUAAAUCCGUCUUGAUCUAUGAUGUCUCAAAUAAUUUUGAAUUGAAAAGGACAUUAAGAUUAGUUAAUGAAAAAAUUAAUGAAAGUUUACUAGUUGAAUCAUUUAUAAAAUAUAGAAAUUUAAUUAUUGUUUGGUCAAGUGAUAAAUCAUUGCGUGCUUUCCAGUAUCUGAAUGGUAAAGAAAUUGGAGUUGCUUGGGGACAUCUGGAAUCCAUACUACAAUUGUAUUUGUAUCAAAAUCAUGAAUUGAUAUCUAUUGGUAAUGAUGCUUGCUUGUUCUCAUGGGAAAUUGUCGAAAAUUUGAAAGCAUCAGCUGGGUCAGUUAUGAGUCAGGCUGAAGAUACCACCACCAUUGGGAACGAGGUUGCGAACUUGCAGCAGCAGCAACAACAACAACAACAACAACAACCAAUGGCAGCACCAUUGUAUACAAAAGUUACAAGAAAGAUAUUACCAACUUUGCCAGUUAAACUGUCAGCAGAUCUGAAAUCGAAUGAAAAGGAAAAAUCUUCCACAAACACCACUGUUCCUACUCCUAGUGUAACUCCAAAACUUACAGCAGCAACAUUGAAAAGAAUAGAGGCGAAGAAUAAUGCUGGACAAGGGACGAAUAGUGGUUCACGUCCAACAAGUCCACUUAGAUCUACCCCAUCCAUUAACAAUCUUUCAUCUUCUGGAUCCGUCAAGAUGGCAUCUCGAGCUGGAGUAAGCACUCAGAAGAAUCAUAACCUUGCCAAAUUACAAUCCCCAAUGAAAACACCAACGGUAAGUACAUCACCAAACAGACCAAGCUCUCCAACUAGACCAAUUACAGACACAAUCUCUACUACUACAGCAAACAAAGUAAGACCACGAGUAUUGAUGAGUUCAUCUCCAACCCCACCAUCGAGACUAAUCAGCAGGAGGGAAGAGAAAAACAUGGUUGAUACUGCCGUUAGUAAGUUGGAAGAUGUUAUGAAUAUCCUUUCCAAAUGUCAACCUCAUGAAAAGCUUGUAAUAAGGUCAAAAUUAGAACAAGCAUUGGCUUUGGUCAUAGAUAAUAGAGCAGAGGAAGAGCAGAAAUUGUUGGAAAAAUAUAGUGAUCAAUUAGUUGAACUUGUACAUAAGAAACUCAAAAUUGGAGAUGAACAAACCAAUACUAUUAUUAAUGACAGCUAA